AUGGAGACCAACAAUUUAAAUAAACAAAAUGAGGAGAUUGAAGCAUUAAGUGCUAUAUACGGCGACGAUUGGACCAUGGAGAGCGACAAAACGAGGUCGUAUAGCAUAACAAUAUAUGAAAAGAAAUAUGAAGUUGUUCUGUAUGUGACUAUGCCAGAGGAUUACCCUUCGCAGUCACCACCCAGCUACGAAUUUUCUGCUCCAUGGAUGGACAGAAAAGACAAAUCAGAGCUGCAUCAAGCCUUAGACGAAAUCUAUUUAGAGAACAUAGGAAAAUCUGUUGUGUAUCAAUGGGUGGAGAAAAUAAGAGAAGUACUACAGACUAUAAAGCCAAAAAAGAGACAAAAAGUAAACAAAACAACUAAAUCCAAAUCACCUCCCACAGUAUCUUCAGAUACAUCAUUGGUACAUAGUGACUGUCCAGAGAUAACUCAUGGUGAGGUUAUCGUGGAUAGGAAGAGUAUAUUCCAAGGUCAUGCGGCAGAAGUCCACUCGAUUGAUGAUGUAAAGUAA